CAGUGCCAUUUCACCUGGAACUUUGCCUUUGAAGACCCUGUAGAUGUGGAAUUUCUCCUGAAACAUUUGACUCACCUGGUGGAACAUACACCUUACCAUAAUCAUGGCACUUAUAGGGCCAUGAAGGCCUUUCUCUACCAUCUGCAAAAACACUACACUGAGGCUCUCAGAAGUCUGCAAGAAGCAGCAGUCAUCAUAAAAGACCAGUGUCAAGUCCUGGUGAUUUAUGGAAACUACGCCUGGAUUUAUUACCACUUGGCCAAUUACUCCAAGGUGGAGAAGUAUCUCCAUAAAAUUCGUGGAAUCUGCCAGUCCCUGGGGAGUCCUCAUCCAUACUCCAUUAUGACCCCUGAAAUCCUGGCUCAGAAAGGCUGGUCCUUCUUGGCUUCAGGAUUCCAGAAUGGAGAAGAAGCCAUCGCUUGCUUCCAGAAGGCCCUAAGAGAACUCCCAACCAACCAAGAAUUCAAAGCAGGUCUAGCCACUGCUUUUUAUGCUUCCUGGGAACGAGCUGGAAUUGUUUGCAGGUGGGACAAGUCCAAGGAGUUGCUGGAAGAGCUGGUCUCUGUGCAACCUCAAAACUGGGAAUUAAAAAUGUACCUGGCCAGUCUGCUUCUGCAUCAAGACAAGGAGAGAGUCAAGGGUCUCCUGGAGGAGGUGGUCCACAACAGUCGUAGCCCAGACAUCCUGAGAAAGGUUGCCCAUUUGUGCGUGUGUGUGCAGCCACGACAGCUGACCCCAGCCAUUUCCGCUCUGAAAAUGGCCAUCAGGCUCGACUCCAGCUAUCGUCUCCUGUACUAUGACCUUGGCUUAUGCUACAAAUUGCAGAUGGAGGGAGCCUCCCCAGAUGACAGAGCAAUAGCACUGGAGUCUGCAACCAACUGUUUCCUACUGGCUGUGGAAAUGGGCUCUCUCUUUAUAGACCCCAGGUUGGAGCUGGCUAAAAUCUAUGGAGAAAGAGGCCCAGAUCACGAAGAAGCCGUUUAUCUGCACCUGAUGCAAGAGUUGCCAAAUGUUAGCAUGCGAUGCAAGCAGGCCAUCUAUCUCCACUGGGGAGACUUCCUCCUCCAGAAGAAAGGACUGAAGCACCAGGCCCUGGAGAUGUACAAGACAGGCGUCAAAAUCUCAGGCGGCCACUUCACGGAGAGGGACCAGCUGGAAAGGCGUCUGAUGGACCUCAUGAAGAUAUUCCAGGAAGACUCAGAACUGGAUUGCGUUGACACCAUCUACAGCUUAUUUCAAACCACGGGGUAUCAAGGUCCAGAUACACACCAAAGUUGUCCAUGGUGGCAUAACCACCGAGUUUGGAGUUGA